AUGUCAUUUUCGGGCGGGAAUAAUGACGACGGUUUGAAUUCAGGUGGCUAUGACCAUGAUAACGUUACUGGUGAUAACACAGGAUCUGUGGCGUGUGAAAAGAACGCGCCAUCUCGAUGGAGCAAUUACCGAGGAGUGAGGCGGCGGCCAUGGGGGAAGUUCGCAGCGGAGAUCCGGGACCCGAAGAGGAAAGCAAGGAAAUGGCUCGGAACCUAUGAGAGCGAGGAGGACGCAGCUUUGGCUUAUGAUAGAGCUGCUUUCAAGAUGCAUGGCAGAAAAGCCAAGCUCAAUUUCCCAAACCUUAUUGGAUCAGAGCCGCCGCCGGAGCCGGCAAGAGUAGUCAUUGGAGAGAAGCGGGGCAGCUCGCCGGAACCUUCGUCGCCGUCAUCUCAAGGGUCAAGUAAGAAGAGCCUUGCUGGCCUAUUGAACAAGUUAGCAACAAAUAGAAGCCAUAUCAGAUUCUGUUGA